AUAGUCACAUACAUAAUACAAACAUACUUACGUAUACAAAAGCAUCUGUUAGCCUGACUAUAAACUCAUGGGAACAUUUAAACACCCUCUGAUUGAGAUGAUGAGUUCAACAGAUGAGUUAAGUUAAAUCUGGAUACGACUUGGCAAAAGACACAGUCACUUAUUUCAGUUUAAUUCGAACACUCGAACAGUGCGGAAUCAAGUGUUUUAAUUUCCUUAAACAACAAAAUUGAACAAUGUGGUUAAGCACGAUUUGUCUGACUUUUGCAUUAGUAUGUAUAAUACGAUCGGACGCAGCGGCUGUGACCAAUUCGACUACAGUGGAAACAUCAAAAGAACCUCCUAAUUUAUCAAAUGAUUGCACCAAUUCCUUGAAGCUGGAGCACAUCAAUCACGCUUUAAGUCGAAUCGACACCAGCGUGCAAAGUUUAGAAGAAAAAGCGCACAAUUGGGCCAUCUUCCGACACCACAUCGAUGCGUGGAAUGAACAAAUCAAGGCCCUUGAACACAAAUUAGAUUUGGUUAGGCGCACACAGGAUGAGCAACAAGUAUAUGGAAAUAAGUUUAUCAGUUUAGAAUUCACACUGAAUCACAUUCUGAGCAAAGUAGUGUAUCUGAGUGAUACUUGCAAUGCGCACCAAAGAGGCGGCGACACCAUGCGAUCACCAAUACUCUAUAAUACCCGUGCGAACAGCAAUGGCAAUGACAAUGGCCGUGAAACUCCGCAACAACAACGAAAUCGAGAUACCAACGAACUGCUAUAUGAGCAUAUCGCAUUGCUGGGGGACGUAAAGCAUGCCAUCGGCGUUGACAAGCAGCUGCGUGAGGAGCUGUCAACACGUCUCAACAACAUAUUGCGACAUGUGCAGAACAUUGAACGCGAUAAUUGUCGCACCGAACAACGCCACACACCAGCGAAUGGCAACAAUAAGGUCGGAAAGCUAAUGGCGCCAAUUGGCGGUUACAAUUCAAAUCACAAUAUGGAAAAGACGCUAAAAGCUAUGGAUCAGCAGCUAAGUAAACUUCUAAAACGACCAACAACACCAAAAGAAUUGCAUCAAAUACACACGUUAGCGAAAAAGGAUGCACAGCAAAUGGAGAAAGUUUUAAAUUGGAUGGAUAAAAUCGAUGAGCAAUUGUUGCAGUGGCGUGAUGAAAGUGCCAUGGGUUGGCAACAAUGUCAGACCAUGUCUGGUGAGCUAACCACUUUUACUGAAAGCUCCGAUUUACUGCUAAAACGCAUCGAAUUUUUACUACACGAAGUAAAUGAAAAAUUAGCGAAGCAACCGUUACACAAAACAAGUGAUAGAGAUGAUGAAGAGCAUGAAGGUGAGCAUGAGGAACCGGAAGAUGCUGAUAUGGUUUACACACCUCAAAUUAACGAGGCAGUGAGUAACGAUAACAAUGAUGUUGAGCAUGAAACUAAUGCAGAUGAAGAAGCGGAAGAGACUGAAGAUGAGUCGGCAAAUGAUGAUGAGUCGACAGCAAAUGCUGAUGAAAAUGUAGAUGAACCUACAGAUGCAGCAAUAGAAGAGCAGACAGAUCGGAUUGACGAUCGUUUUGAUAUUGUUGAUUUUUUACAACCAAAUAAAAUCGGCUGUCAUGAGUUGUCUGGUCCAUCAGUCGAUGGCGUUUACAAAUUCUCGACGCCCGAAUUCAAUGAAGCAAAACGCGAUUUUAAUGAACGUUACUGUACCUUUGCAACUGACGGUGCUGCUUGGACCGUCAUACAAAACCGUGGCCCCUAUAUCGAACAUGAGAAUUUCAAUCGUUCUUGGGAGGAGUAUAAGUAUGGAUUUGGUAAGCUGGACAAAGAAUUCUGGUAUGGUAAUGAGUUCAUACAUCAAUUGGUUGAUCGAGAUGACUAUGAGCUGCGUAUUGAAUUGGCGGAUUUUGAGAAUGAACACAUGUGGGCCGAAUACUCAUUAUUCCGCUUGGACAGUGAGCGUUACAACUACAAUUUGUUGGUUGGCGGACAUAGCGGUACGGCACCCGAUGCAAUGCAUUAUCACAACGAAAUGGAUUUCAGUACUUAUGAUCGACGCAACGACAAGAGCGUUGAUGCAUGUUGCGCAUGCGCCACCGGUUACGGUAGCGGCUGGUGGUUUGACAACUGCUCGGAGGCGAACUUAAAUGGUAUUUAUCGUCAAACACCCAAUGGACACAAUUACGUGGGCAUCAUUUGGGAGCAAUGGCGUGGUGACUAUUCGCUAUUUAAAACGCGCAUGUUAAUUAGACCGAAAAAUUUGGCAAAACUAGUAAAAACAGUCGAAGGACGUAAUGCCCACAAUGAAGAUCCAUAAAAAUAUGCUUACAAUUAUUACCGUAAGAAGCAUUAAACUUAAAGCACCACGAAAUAACUUGUAUUCUAAGAAAAUCAGCAAUUUUUUAUAUUCUUUACAAUUUUAUUUUACGUUAAUAAUUUUUAUCCAUUCUUAUUUAAUAUAUGUCUACAUAUAUAUUUUUUAUUUGUCCAUUCAUCAAUUUUGUGGUUUUUCACAGUUUCGCAAAAUUUUUAACAUAUACUCAUAACAUAUAAUUUGUAACAUAUGUAUGCAUAGAUACAAACAUGCAUAUGUAUUUCGUAUAUAUACAUAAUAACUCUUGCAUAUGCGUGUACAUAUAUACGUUCAUUUUGCAGUGCAUAAUGAACACCUCUCGAAAUAUGUUACUUUUGUAUUUUUAAUAAAUACUUAUGCAUAACAUAAAUUGUUUUGUAAUUUCUCACUGCUAAUAAUAGAGAUAAUUGUUGAAUAUUAACAAAUAAAGAAUAUUACAGUAACACUGCUUAUAAGUAUAUACAAUCUUUACAUGCAUACUUUACACAAUCAAACACACAAAUUCACACAAAUAAAUGUAUCAAUUUUUUUUACAACGAUUUUUAAUGUAUCUAUACCUACUACUGUUAUUAUUUUUAUUUUUUUGGGCUUUUAAGAUUUAUUAAAUAAAUUUACUUCUUUUUUCAUACAAAUUUCUGUUAGCAAACUUUUUAUUAUUUAAAAUUGUAAGGAUUUAUAAAAAUUUAUCGAAUACAGCACAUACGAGUAUAUUAAACUGCAUAUGAGUUGGGAAAAAGCAAUAUCUUACUUUAAUUAAAGAAAAUAUGAAUAGAAUUUUAAGCAAAUAUUUAGAAAAAUCACGAAAUUGUCCUCCACACUAUUAUUGUUGGUUGUUUUAAAUUUAUUUUUCAUCGCUGCCGUUGAAUUUGUAACUCAUAGCAAUACUUCCUAAGUGCUUUGGUAAACAACACAUGCGGACAUGUAUUUUUUUAUUUAGCAUUAUUUAUGAUUUAUUAUUAUAUGUAGCAUUUUAUUAUCGUGCGCUAACAGUGCACUGACUCGAAUAGAAUUGGUGAUCGAUACUAAAUGGUUCGAGUACAAAGUUCGAAAACGAAUAUAUAAGUUUGAAUAUGUAAUUAGAAUCCGCGCACCAAAAUGCAGAGUGCAAUGUAAUUGAAAUCUUCUUUUUGGUUGAAACGAAGUUAACAUUAUUAUUUUGUGUUAUUGAAAGUAGUAGAAUUUAAUAUUAAAAAGUAGCUCAAUGAAAUUAUUGUUUAUUUCUAUGUUUUUGUGUUUUUUCAUGUACAAGAAAGUGUGCCUUGCAAACUUUGACCCUAUACCAUUUGGUGUCGAUCUAUUUUAUAUUAUAAUAUGAUUAUAUGUAAUUUUUAAAAUUAUAAUUAGGUACCGCCUAUCAUUUAAAAACUUAAUUAAUAUGUUUGCAAAAACUGUACUUAAUACUAAUGCGCUUGCGCAUUUGUAUUGGUAAAUUCUUAUUGGUUUUUUGUUUGUUUUCUGAUAAUCAUUAUUUUUAUACAUUUAGAACUGAGUAUAAAUAUACAUACAUAUUUUCAAAUAUUUACAGCAAAAACAUCUACAUUUAUAUGUUGUGUUUAAUUUUUUAAGAAAUGUUUACUAAAAU